UCAGUUUUCAACCACUGCUGGGGCUCUGCAACUCCGACUAGGGCUACCUUCAAAACCGAUGCCCCUACAGUCAACCUGCAGCAAAGACCUUCAAUCGCCAUCAUCAAACAAUGUCAAGGUCAUUUCGUCGACGCCAACCAUGCUUGAACAGCGUGUAGCAUCUUGGCUCGACUCCCUCCCCAACGAAUAUCUCCCAUCCGAAGCCCUCUCCAAAACCUCGAAGCGAAAGGCAGCGCUGCCUAGUCCGCCUACUUCAGACUCAAUGGAGGGAACAACUCCAAAGCGCCGUCGCCUCAUCGAUCCGGAUCGCACGCCGCGCGCUGCAAACCUCCCUCCUCCUUCAUCUACUGGUUCGUCCGCUUCGAGGUCUGAAUCAGGCGAGGGGUCACGAUCGAGUUCGCCAAAGAAACAAAUGCUCAGGCUGAGGCUGGAAGAAAGAGGGCUUGAAUGCAGACAGCUAAAUGUCGACACCGCGCCCCCGGUCAUCUCCAGUCUUCUUGAUGCGAUGGAGGAGAUUGUAAGCAGGAUUGAGAUCUUGCCUGCUGACAAAAAGAGUGCUGUUCUGGAGAGUCCACUUGUCAGGGAACAGAAUACGCGCUUGUGGAGGUUUGCGUUCAAAGAAGAGGGUGAAGAUACGUUGCCGGGGCGAGUUCCUCUCCCGGAAGAAAUAUCUCAAAUCUGUGAUUUUGCUCGUCACUGUCAUGACACAAAUCAUGAAGAGGCGGCUUGGAAUAUGGAAGUGCAUCAUCGUCUGUUACAAGCUAUCCUCAGAGAACCCAACGCUCCCAUAGCCACGCCUCUCAACUUUACUACCUGCACCACCGCCCGUCCGCACCGUCGCUUCGUACCCUACUCCUCGACAGCCAAAAUGGUCGACUUCUGCCUCUACCUCAAGCCCACCGAUUCCCACGCCCUCCAAGCCCUCGGCCGUCGAACACCAACCCUCACCGUAAACCACACCGACUUCGCGCCCCUCCAAUUGUCCCCUAUAGUUCUGAGCAUCGAGACUAAGCGUCCUGGCAAAGAACUCGACGCUGCGCAACUCCAGAUGGGAGUCUGGCAUGCCGCGCAAUGGGCUUUCCUCCGCUCCGUCGUUGGCCUUACAGCACAGCCCUUGACAGCAGAAGAGGAAAUACUGCGAAAACAAAAAGCGAACGAUGUUUUGGGCCAAUUGGGAUUUAUACCGGGGAUUAUCGUGCAGGGUCAUCGCUGGCUCUUUGUGUUUUCGACGUUGGAGGGGGACAAGACUGUUCUUUGGACGGAGAGACAGUUUGGCACGACGCAGAGUAUUCUGGAUACGUAUGCUGUUGUCGCGGGGAUAAGGGAGCUAGCCAGGUGGGCGAGGGAUGUUUACGUUCCUUGGUUCAGGGCAAAUGUUCUCGAUGGGUUCCAGUCUACGGAGAUGGGAUGAGGGCACAAGAUAGGUUUGGGACAAUGGGGAAUGAACCUCGUAGGCUCUUUGGAGCCCGAAAUGCCAGUCGGAGAGCCUGCUGAGUCCAUCCUCCGUCAUUCCAGACCUGUCCCAGUACUUUUACCAUUUAGGAUCGAGGCGCAUCAAGACGGAACUCAGGAUCGUUCGUUGCCGGGAGAAACGCUCGACGGCUCAGCCUUCGCGACUAUUGAUCCAAUACCUGGUGCUGCAAGACCUGACUCCCAAAGGCUUCAGCCUAACAGCGACGCAAGACGGGUCGAUGUUGGGUUGUGAUAUCGCCAUGUCAAUAACCCGAAGCCAUGCAUCGAAGGUCGUGAUGGGACGUUGUCAGGAGGAUGAUCACAAAAGACAACCGAUGUCCGCGACCUCGUGCGUAUCCGCUAAAACCCUCGAGACGACCAACCCUACCAUUCGCCGACGCUAGGUCUACGAAUGCUGUGUGUGCAGACGGUCCGAGUCAUCGCAAAAUGCAAAGAGCUUUGCAUUGAUGCCAUUGGCUGAUCACAACAGCUCGAACCAAGCCAUGUCGCGUCUCCGUACCACCGCCGACUCGUCCAUAGCAGCAUGAGUGAACAUCAUCUCUCUGAAGGGACCAAACACCCGAUUCCGAAACGAAGAACAAGCUCGCAAAUGGCAUCAAGUCUGGCCCCAUUUAGUAUUUUGAGUAAGACUUCCAUCACACGGCUCGUACAUGCGUCAGGGCCUCGGCGGACCUGCAGAUCAACCGAUCAAUUGUUGAUUGAGUCUACUGGCUGUGGGCCUUUUUGCUACUGCCUCCUGAUGGCCAUGGCCGGCACGCGUGGACCAGCUACUCCUAUAAGACCAACGUUGGGCGCGAUGCUGUACACCAUGUACGAGGUUGUCGCCCGGGGGCUGGAAGCAAAAGUUUAAAGCCAAACAAUAGUCUCGAUCAAUAUAUAUUUGAUAACUUGCAUAACUUCGUAAUUAUUAAGCCGUAACUAAGACACCAAUGGCCAACGAUGUAAAUCCC